UCAAUAGUACACUGCCGCCUUGUUGAGGUAAAGUGUACGGGUUUUGAGCGCAAACGUCAAAAUCGAAUAAAUAGUCGUCUGCAGUGUAGGGAACUGUCAAUAGAGCUGUGUGUAACAAUAAUUUUGGAAAAUAUACCAAAAAUCUUGCACUGCGACAAGAGAUCGGUUGGGAGAGCUGUACUACGAUUUUUCGACAACGGAAAGUAGUGAGAAACAGAAUAAAAGUGACAAAAGAGUAAAAUGACGGGGUGGUUUAUCGAACCCCGGAUUAUCGUCACUUUCAUCGUUAUACGUUAAUAACAAAGGACUCUCUAAAGUCGCAAAUACAUGGGAAAGAGAACGAAUUUUAUGAUCUCGCAAGAUUUUCACCGAUGUUUAGUAAAUUUUACGGAAUAAUCUCGGUGAGAUACGUACGGCGGCGAGAUUGGCCUCUCUUUUAAAUUCGAGGGAGGAAUGACGCUUGAGGACCCAUUUUUCGUCGUUAAAGACGAGGUGUGCAAGGCAUUGAACAAAACUCGUGGUUUAUACGGUCGGUGGAGCGAAUCCCAGGUCGACGGAAGUGUCGUUUCUACCCCUAUCGCACCCGGCACAGGACCGGGAGCCGGACUUCCGGUAUCGCGGGAAGAACUCGUCUGGACGACGACAGAACUAAGAAACGCUUUGCGAUCGAUCGAAUGGGACCUCGAAGAUCUCGAGGACACCAUCUGUAUUGUAGAAAAAAAUCCAACAAAAUUUAAGAUUGACAACAAAGAACUUACAGUCCGCAGAGCUUUUAUCGAGCAUACGCGCGAAGAGGUUAAGGUUAUGAAAGACAAGAUGAAUUUGAGCCGAGGAAGAGAUCGCGAUCGUACCGCGAGACAGCCAUUGCUCGACAAUAGUCCUGCACGGGUUCCCCUCAAUCAUGGAACAACAAAGUACAGCAAAUUGGAAAACGAGGUCGAUAGUCCCAAUCGACAGUUCGUCGAGUCAACCAUGCAACAACAGACCGCCAUGAUGCGUCAACAGGAUGAUCAGCUCGAUAUGAUAGGCGAAAGUAUCGGGACGCUAAAAACUGUGUCGCAUCAAAUCAAUUCUGAAUUGGAUGAACAAGCUGUAAUGCUGGAUGACUUUGGGAACGAGCUGGAGGUCACCGACUCUAAACUCGAUGCAACAAUGAAAAAAAUGGCCAAGGUCCUUCACAUGAGCAAUGGUAACUAUAGCAAUUACAUUCCGGCACCCACAGCCGCUGUGCCCGGCAUAGACCGAUAUACCUCAAAGCCAUCCUCGCUGUCGACUCUCUCCACAACCAUUACAAACUGUUUUCUAUGUUACGCAGAGUAGUCACUAAUUUUUAUAUUCUUUCGACACGGCUCUUCCAGCCUGUUGAACUAUCCUUUCCUAAAUCAUUCGAAUUCCUAUAUUUAUUUAUUCAAAACAUUCCAAUCUUUUCUUUCGCCAGAGUGGACAAAAGUUCCAUCUCGUUGGCCUAAAUCCUUUCCUUGUGUCUCUUACCUCAUCAAAAUGUACCUUCUCAAUUUGCCAACUACGAUAAAAAGAUUUUAACCGUAUAGAGUCAACGGCGACGAUUAAAGUGAUCCAAUAUCAAAAAGAAAAAAACUCUAGAAAACUCGGAGCCAAAUUAUUCUCAACAUGCCAACCGGACUAAACAAAACAGAAAUAAUAAAAAACGAAUUUGAAUACGUAGACCCAAUAGCGAUUGAUUGAUGGAUUCGAUAUAUCAGAAUUAACGAAUACUCGGAACCAAAUAAUUCUCAGAAUGCCAAGCCCAAGUGAAAAGAAUCGAUUUCAACCUUGUAGAUUCACUAGCAAAUGAAUGAAAGCCCGAGGUCAGGGUUUGAAUUGUUGAACAAUUCGGAAAUAUGAGCACAAGACCGGAUGCGCGAAAUAUGUAAAUGCAUUAUUUUUUCGUAACAUAAAAUGAGAGGAAAAUAAAUAGACGAUACAUUGCGACCGUGAAUCUAUCAAACGAGUGAGAGAGAAUAAGAGAGCGAAAGAAAGUUUGCAGAUUUCGGCGUGUAUGAAACGAAAAUAAAAUUAAAAAUAAGAAAAAAACAUGGAAAAUAAAAAAAACGUGCGCCUGAAGAAAAAUUUUGUAUGAGACACAAAGUAUCGGGAGUGUUUAAAUGUCUUUGAUCUCGAUCAGAAUUCAUACUAAGUUAAUUGUUGAUGAAUUAUUCGUUAGAAAGUUUAAUAAUUACACGAGUUUGCAGUUGUUGUUUUUAGCAUGAUUUAAUUAGAGAAUUUGUCGAAAAGUAGACUAAACUAUGAAUUACUCGUCCAUCACCGUAAAUUAUCAACUUUCAAGGGCGUUUCACGUCAAUUAAUUGAUAUCAACGUGCAAUUAAAAAAGAAUUGAUGAAAAAAACAGCCCUUGACGCGUAAGGAAUAUUGAUCGGUAAAAAAAUGAAUCGAAUAAAUGAUUACUGCUGAAUUGGUGAUCUGAACUUCCAUGAACAGAAAAUAAGAUGAGACAAAAUG